AUGUACGUGGAUGAGAGCCACGAAGACUGGGAUGAAUUCCUGGGAUUUGUGACUAUUGCAUACAACACCGCGCGACAGGAGAGUACCAACCACACACCUUUCAUGAUGGUGUAUGGAAGGGAAGCGGUGAUUCCAGCGGAUCUGCUGGCGGCGUCGGGGCCAAGCCAGACGAAGCUCGUCGGUGCAGAAGACCUAAUGAAGGCGAUGAUGGAGAUUAGAGAAGACGUAAAGGACCGGCUGGCCAUGGUACAGCAACGUCAGAAGACGCAGUACGAUGCCAGAGUCAGUGCAGCACCAGUGUACGAACCCGGAGACCUAGUGUUAAUCUUUCGCCCGCAGCGGAAGAAGGGGCUCGCGGAAAAGUUACUGCAUCAAUACGUCGGGCCCUACAAAGUGAUCAGGCAGGUCACGGAGCUGAACUAG